GUUGAAAGUACUUAUGAAUUUGCUUUUUCAUCGGAAAGUAAAUAUUUUUCGAAAGUCAGCUUUUCAAGAUUUUCAAGCUUAACCCCCAGGAGAAAAAUCUUGAAUGCAGAGCUUGAUAAAUCUUCAAAGAUUUCUCAAGUUUUGGCGCAGCUCUUUCAAGAACUUAAGCAGUUUAUCGAAAUCCGUCAAAAUUCUGAAUGAAAAGCAAUACUGCAGAUUUUCCACAAGUUUUGUGUCAGAAUCUGUCGUGAUAAAUCUUGAGCAGAUCUUGUCAAGAUGUUUCGAGAAUUCUGAAAUUAUUAAUUUAAUACGCAAUAAUCAGAAUCUUCAUUAACAGUAUAAUUGAAAAACAUUUUUGUAAAAUCAUUUUACACAAGAAGCGAGCUUUCGAUACUUCACAGUAUCAUCAUCAGGCUAAUAUGACUGUGAAUUUAGAAGAGAGAUGAAUAUAUAUACUAGUUAAAACAGCGGAGAACGAAAAUACUAGAAAAACUUAAACAUAGAAAAAUAUGUAGUAUAGAAUCGAGUGACGGUUACAUUUUUCUAUUCUGGACUGUUAUUUUCUAGACUGUCGACAGACGCAUUCGAUUAACAAUGACUAAAAAAGAAUCAAAUCAAAUUGAUCUACCUCUAAGUCUUCAAGUAUAAUUUCAAUAGGAUUGAAGUCAUGCCUUUUUAAUCGAUCUUAAUAAGAAAAAAAGUAAUCAAUUUGAAUCAGAUUUUUCAAUUUUUUUUGCAUGAAUUGCAGGCUUUAGAGUUUUCUAUGUAAAAUAGAGUGGGAAAAGAGAGAAAUAAGAAGUUCACUUCUAAAAAUUGUCGCUUUCUUUCACUGAUAUACGACUUUCUCCAUUUCUGCUCGCUAAUCGAGGAUUUGCAUCGUUUUAGCCAGCUGCUGUUCUUAUCCUUUAGGUAUUUCGUAUUGUGGCUUGGCUAUUCGUCAUGUAACAAAAGAAUUCGAAUUACAAAACUUCAUUCUUUGAUGCAUUUCGUAUGAUAGAGAAUCACAAUCAGCUAAAAACAUUCGUGCCUUCGUUGAUUCUCAACUGCUAUCGUUUGGAUUGAUUCUGAAUGAUGGAAUAUUUGUAGUCUCAGACAAUGAAAAUAAGAUGAAAGCCGCAUUCAGAGAAAAUUGUAUUCGAUUAGGGUGCUCUAUUCACUAUGUGAACAAGCAAGUAGAGCAUGGAUUUACAUCAACCGAAAUUGAUAAAAAACCUAUGAAAUGUGAAGUAAUACAAAAAUUAUUUGGUCAUGUAAAGAAAAUUGCGACACAUGUUCGUCGAUGCCAUGCACAAACAAAAUUGACAAGAAAAGUCCAAGUUUAUUCAGAUACCCGUUUCAAUGGUGCUUUCUAUAUGAUGAAUGUCUUUUUGGAAGUAUACGAUGAAUUAGCAGCUGUCGUCAAUAAUAAUUACAUGGAUGAUUUAACUUCCGUUGAUAAGGACCUUUUGGAACAAUUGUGUGAUUUUUUGAAACUGUUCGACGAAUCGACUGAGCACCUGAGUGAUGACAACCGAUCAACUAUUCACAAGGUUAUUCCAAUAAGACAGUUGUUACUCAAUCACUGCGAAAUUCAAAGUGAUGAUAACGAUGCCUUGAAGCAAUUAAAAACAUUUCUUGGUGAACGUAUCAGAUUGGUAUGGAUACUUCAAGAUCAACAUUAUAUGUCAACUCUACUUCAUCCGUUGUUGAAACACUUUCAGAUCGCCCCAAACAAAAAGGAUAAAGCAAUACGACUAAUGAAAGAAGAGCUGUUGAAACGAACACCAGUUGUCGAUGUCACGUCUGCGAAUACAACGUCUUCUUCGAUAUUACGGACAACAAAUACAGCAGCAAACACUACUUCGAAGGAUUUAUUAGCGCGAUGUUUUGAUUUGCCUCAGCCAAUCGUCAAAUCAGUACCGAUGCCAACAAACGAACUGAAUGAUUAUAUGGCACUUGAUGUACAGCUCGAUGAGAAAGAUGAUAUUCUGAUAUUUUGGAAAGAACAUGCGAAAAGAUUUCCUAUUUUGGCAUCGAUCGUGUGUUUCGACAGUAAGUUCUACUUUCAGCGAGAUAUUCUUCGACCGGAAACUGGCAUGGCAAUUGUCACACGUCACGAUGAGAUUCGUCGAGGUGCUCUUCGAUUUGUAUUUUGGACAGAUUACUAG